AGCAUAUCUUGCAGCUUAAACAUUGCGAAGUAGAAGUUGGAAGGAAGAUACAAACAUUUCUGUUUCUCGAAGCCAAAACAACUAUGGCUGCCAAACAAUGUGUGUAUCCACCUACUCAAGAAGAGCCAUCCGAUGUGUAUCCACCCCCUCAAUCAUCUUCCGAUGUAUAUCCACCUCCAACUAGUAAAAUCCAGGCAUUGUUUGCACGAGGCACAGACCCAGAGAUCAUAAGAGCCUUUGAAGCUUAUGAUGAGGAUGGAAAUGGAUCAAUUGAUGACGAGGAGUUGCAGAAAGCUCUCUCCACAGCUGACCUGUCCUACAGCAUCAGGACAGUUCGCCUUCUCAUGUUUAAGUUUAACAACAUAAAUUGCACUAGAAUAGGACCAAAAGAAUUCACAACCUUGUGGCAUGAUCUCCAGGCAUGGCGGUCAAUCUUUGAGAAAUUUGAUAGAGAUCGUAGUGGGACGAUUGAUAACAUGGAACUUCGCGAUGCUCUUCGCCAAUUGGGAUGUGCAGUACCACAGCCAGUUUUACAGCUUCUGCUUACAAAGUAUGACAGGACAGGCGAAGACAUCGGAAUUGACUAUGACAGCUUCAUCGAGUGUGGCCUAAUUGUGAAGGGGCUUACUCAAAAGUUCAAGGAGAAAGACAAAAGGCGCACUGGCACAGCCACUCUAACCUAUGAAGAGUUCAUGCUCACGGUUUUACCCUUCAUUGUUGCUUAGCGAGAUUAGUGCUUGAACAGAGUCUUGUUAAAGUGUGUGUUAAUAUGAUGGAAUCAGUAGUUAAUUUCUCUAAGGCAGAAAUAUAUAUCUAUGUAUGAGUUUCCACAUGUUAAUGGAACAACUGGAAUAACUUUUAUAUUACAUAUUUUGAGAAAUUUAAGUAUUUCUAUAAUUAAACCUAAGAGAUAUAUGAAGCAGUUAUAUUUUUUAA